AUGGCCUCAAUUACAUGCUCCAACUGUAAUAAGGUGGGCCAUAGGUACACCAAUUGCCAUGAUGCUCUAAAGCCUGCACUUGCUAUGAGAAAGAACAAACAUCAGCCAAGCACCAGCUCUUACCCACCUGAUAGUAGAAGUACACCAGCACCUGCAAGGACUGCAGCCUCCGCUGCUGCCACUGUUGGUGGAUCAUCAAGGAGGGCAACAUAUGCUGCCAGUAGACCAGCUCCAGCAAGGAGGGAAACAUCUGCUGCCAGUAGACCAGCUCCACCAAGGAGGGCAACAUCUGUUGCUGCAUCAGGUGCUGCUACUAAUACCACACCAGCUAGGAGGCCAACUAGAUCAGCCGCUACUAGUGCACCAGCUCCUCCCAAGGGUAAGGCAACAGCUAGUAAAUCUUCAUCAGCUGCUCCCAAGAGUAAGGCACCAGCUGCUCCCAAGGGUAAGGCACCAGCAACCAGAUCUUCAUCAGCUGCUGCAAAGGGACCAAGGUUAGCUUUCAUGCCUCCAAGACCAACUGAUGGUUCCCAGAGAGUCAGGAGGCCCAGCAACAGAAUGAAGGGAUACUUGACUGCCUCUGGUGUAGAAUGGUGA